AUGAGCCUCAACAAGCGUCCUAGAAACGAUCAAGAUCACGAUACUGCAUCUUCGGCUGACCAGCGACCGGCCUCCAAGCCACAGCUAACCCGAGCGUGCGCAGAAUGCAAAAAGCACAAGAUCAAAUGCUUCGUCCAGCCAGGGGCUGAGGCUUGCCGGAAAUGCCAAAAGAGUGGAAUCCAAUGUGUCCCUCAUAACCUGAAACAGAAGUUCAUAGAGGAAGAUACAGCCUGGAAGUCCCAGGCAAGCGCACAAAUCGACCAGCUCAAAGCCGCCGUCGCACAGUUGCUGCAGCAAAGCAACCUGCCGAGCCUCUCUGGCUACCAGACCAAUCUUGGUUUGAGCCGACAGACCGUCAGAGAUGCUCCUAUCUUCCCGGAGACGGCUUGCAACUAUAACACCGCUGGUGCUGUAGGCAACUUUACAUCUGAGGGUUCGUCGGCUUUACACAGGAAGGAUGAUUCAGAUCUUGUGCCUUUGCCGAUGAACAACCUGUACAGCCUUACCGACCCUGGAAAAUCUCGACUGAUCCUCGUCGACUCCUCACUCGUAAGCGUGGAUCUCGUUAAUUCGUCCUCACGCAGCUUCGGCUGCUUCAAGACCAUGGGAAACGUCGUGAAUUCUCGCCAUACGGCUACUCUGCUGGCUCGAUACUUUAUCAGCCGUGGCGUAGUCUCCUUGGCCGAAGCGGAGUUUCUCUUUGCGCAUUUCCAAAGUCGCAUCAACCCGCUUCUCUGGAACGGUAUUCUCUGCUCCCAUAAAACGCUGGCUACAGCGCGGGAGUCUUCCUCGCUCCUAGUUGCCACGGUACUCACCGUCGCAGCACUACACAUGCCGAACCGAGAGCAGUCUCUGCGCGCUACGUACGAUGCAUUUGUGAUGCUGAUGCGAGAUUCGUGCAUGCUCCGCAGCCAGAAUCUGGACGACAUUCGGGGCCUGUGCAUUGGCGCCUUCUAUCUCACGAGCCUCAGUUGGGCCUUGUGCUCACGGGCUGUUCGAGUAGCAACGGAGAUGAACCUACACAAGUCAUCCUUGCAGUUUGCUCGGGGCUCACUUGCUUCCUAUGAACGUGUCAGGCUUUGGUACGUGCUAUACGUCUGCGAUCACCAAUUCGCUCUUGCUUACGGACGUCCGCCCAUGAUGCAUGAUUGUGCGGCCAUCAGAAAUGCAGACAAGCUGUUGACGAGCGAGCUAUCUUCCGAAGGGGACCGCGGGCUGGUGGCUCAGGUUAAGCUCUUUCGAAUUCUGGCCGGUUGCUACUUCAUGUAUGGAUGCGAUGCUGAUCUUGAGCUCAGUGGGCAAGAUUUUGAAAUCCUUCAGUCUCUCAAUAUUCAGCUCGACCAGUGGCGACUCGAGCAUCAGCCGAAGAGCGUCGAUACUUCGAGAGACCCUCUCCUACCAUCGAAGGGGAUCACGUUAUAUUACCACCUAGCCCGCUUCCAGCUCAACUCACUAUCUCUCAGAGGAAUAUCUGCAAGCCGAGGACCCGGAGGUCCUGCUAUGAACUGGGAGAGACAAGAAGCUGCCAACAAUGCAAUUGCGGCAGCGACUUCUACCAUGAGACUCCUGAUGAUCGAAGACAGCCAGCUGCGCGACGCACAGAUUGGAAUGCCCAUCUUUGUGCAUGCGAUGAUCGCCGUUUGCGCGUCUUUCCUCCUCAAGAUGGCAGUGGUGUUCUGCGAGCCAGCGGGCGUCAACAAGGCUCUCCGUCUGCCGAGAGAUCUGGCCAAGUUCGGCUUGAACUUCCACACGGAAAGCGUAUUGCGGGAGGUGGAAGCACUGGUUGGUAUGCUGAAGGCUAUGGCGGAUAGAGCUAGUCAACAGCACGUUGCCGGUCACGUCGUGACAGGUCUACGAGAACUGCUACAGAGAUUCUCUCCCGGUCCCGAGCCGAGCACUUACCUCUAUCCGCGAGGAGCUGAAUCAACCGGCUCGGCUCCUGGUGUCCACGCACAGAACAGCAACUCGAAUGCCUCGUGUGACGACGCAUUUGUCACUGGCCAAGCAGACACCACGAGUUGCGGCGCAACCAUCACACAACUACCAGGCGGGCAAGACGGUGCAUGGACGCAAUCUAUGUCGUUGGGUCAUCAGCAAGAUCCAUUCGAUCUCCUGGGAGGAGAUCUAGAUUGGCGCUUCAAUGAUGCUUUUCUCCUGGGCAUUCAGACAGAGGACUCGUAUAUGUAA